CCUAUUUGUUAGCCAGUCGUAUUUCAGAGAGACGCGCGCGCGGUACUGGCCGGCGGGAACCGGCGCGAGCGGGCCCAUUACUGGUGCGACUACCUAAACGCCCCAAUUUACAAAAUGGCGCAAGUGACGCUGUGCGUUUUGGCGGUAAUUUGUAGCUUGCUGCAUCAAGGGUUGGCGAUAGUUUGCUACCAGUGCAAUAGCCAUAAUGACUCGCGGUGCUUACUGGAUAAACUGCCGGAUUCGCUGCGGCUGCCGUGCAGCGGACCUAAGGACACCAUGUGCAGGAAGAUCACACAGGUGGUAGAGUUCGAGAUGAACGGUAUGCCGCCAGACAGCCGCGUUAUUAGAGGCUGCGGCUGGGAUGAUACCAGCUAUAAGGGUCGUUGCUACCAGCGGUCAGGUUUCGGUGGUAGACAGGAGGUAUGCUCAUGUCUUGAAGACGGCUGUAACUCCGCCACCGUGCCAGUCGGAGCGACCGCCCUAAUGCUACUCACACUCGCCUUGCUUAAGUUUUAAACUUAUAAAUACCAUAAUUACUAAAGUUACCAGAAUCCUAGAAUUAGUUGAUGUCAUUGUAAUUAUCCUGAAUAGCAUGGAUCUGAAGAUAUUAUGCAGAAGAUACGAAUGUUAUUGUUGAAUGGGCUACGAUAAUUACGAUAUGGUAAUUUAAACCCCUAUGUGUUCUUUAAAGAGUUAUAUAGCUAACCAAUUAGCAGAUGUAAAUGUCAAAGAUAGUCUAAUAGGUUAUAAUUAUGUCUAACAAACCUUACCUCGAGUGUUAAUGUUUUGUAGAACGAAAACGAAAUCUUUAUUAGCUUAUAUCGUUGUUUUUGAUCUGUGUACAUUUAUUACAACAUUUUUAAUUUAA